AUGCAGUCUCCAACGCCACUGAAUUUUCCUGUAAAUUUUUCCAAAGAUGUGACAGCUGGAAAGGAUCCGAACCCCACUCACACACAAAUCUCAGCUCCUGCAAACAACACCAGAAAAUUGUCCUCUUUUCCUUCGAUUGACCUUUACAUGGAAGAAAUAGGCGUAAAUCUACAGUUGACUACAUUGAAACAUUUGAUUCUGAUGGGGAGGGAAAAAAGCAAGUAUCUCUGCAUAGAUCUCAUCGAAGAAAAAACAAAAGAUUUGCAGUUUUUUUUGAAUAUACGUAAAAUAAAACAAGGUGUUUCUCCUACCGAAUUAACUACAUUUGUGAAUUCACGCAUUAUCGAAAAGUAUUUAUGGAUAAAAAAUAAAUUUUUAAUGUCAAGUCGAUUGUUUUGGCAUUUAAAAGUCUUUAAGUCAACUCCCAUCACAUCAAGUAUUGAUUUUAUUUGCUGCCAACUCAAUGAUUGGUCAGCUGAUCGUGAGAAAAAAUGA